CGCUCCCGAGGUGCUCUUCUCUCUCCCAUGGCCAACGAUGAGAUUAUUUUUACAUGAUAGGAAGAGAAUGACCUUGCACACGCAGUGCUGCUGGGACUGAUCUCAACUCUUACAGUUCUGAGGCCUGUCUCUUCUUCUGGAAUUGCCUUACAUGCCGCGAAACCGACGACGCGGCCCUGCAUAUUCUUCGCUUCUUCCAUUCAUCGUUCUGUGUUUCAUCGCAGUUUCAGUCUCCACUUUCCACGGCUAUCCUGUUGCUAUGAAAAGUAACACCGUCUGCCUGUCACUGUCUCUUGUCUCUUUCCUGGUUGUUCGCCCGCAAGCGAGCAGUGGCGAGGAGGUUGAGAUGGAGACGAAGCACCACGCGAGCGCGUUUGAGAUGAACCGUUCGUCAACGUCCCAGAAGAACCUCACCGCCGUUUCUAAGGCCUGCGGAUACAAUGCGGUAUCGAUGGGGCACGGUUACGAGUCUCGCGGUCGUCGAGCCGAUGUCGCCAUGUCACUUCUGGUCGCUACGCCGCGGAUCGUCUGCUCCAGGUACUUGAAUAUACUCGCCCAAUGCGCCAAGAACAAUGCAACGAUUUUGAGUUCUCGUUCGAGAGAGGAGUCGCACGCUUCGGUCUCCAAAAUGUAUCGCCAGGCUUCGAUUUCAGUUCCUGCGACUGGCCGUCUCUGAGUGGCCCAAGGGGCACCAAAGGCAUCCGAGGC